ACCUCAGAUGCUAAUUUUGUUGCUACUGGUCAUUAUGCUAAAAUUAUCUCCGAGAAUGGUAACUAUUAUUUGAGUAAACCCAAAGACCGAGCCAAAGACCAAACUUAUUUUCUGUGCCAAAUUUCCCCCAAACUCUUGCCAAAAUUAAUUUUCCCCCUAGCUGACUUAACCAAGGAAGAAGUGCGUCAGUUGGCAAAAAGAUUAAGAUUGAUUAACGCUGAAAAAAAAGAUUCAACGGGUAUUUGUUUUAUUGGAGAACGAAAAUUCACCAAAUUUCUUACUAAUUAUUUGCCCUGA